UUCAGGGAUAUCAUGUCCAUUUACAAGGAACCGCCCCCAGGAAUGUUUGUUGUGCCUGAUCCCCACGACAUGACCAAGAUUCAUGCAUUGAUCACAGGCCCAUUUGACACGCCUUAUGAAGGGGGUUUCUUCUUGUUCCUGUUUCGCUGUCCUCCAGAUUAUCCCAUCCACCCACCAAGGGUCAAACUGAUGACAACGGGAAAUAACACAGUGAGGUUUAACCCCAACUUCUACCGCAAUGGGAAAGUCUGCCUGAGUAUUCUAGGCACUUGGACCGGGCCUGCGUGGAGCCCAGCACAGAGUAUCUCUUCAGUCCUCAUCUCCAUCCAGUCUCUGAUGACUGAGAACCCCUAUCACAAUGAACCCGGCUUCGAGCAGGAGAGGCACCCCGGGGACAGCAAGAACUAUAAUGAGUGCAUUCGGCAUGAGACCAUCCGAGUCGCAGUGUGUGACAUGCUGGAAGGAAAGUGUCCCUGUCCUGAGCCCUUACGGGGCGUAAUGGAGAAAUCCUUCAUGGAGUACUACGACUUCUAUGAAGGAGUGUGUAAAGAGAGGCUUUAUCUCCAAGGACAGACAAUGCAGGACCCUUUUGGUGAAAAACGAGGCCACUUUGACUAUCAGUCCCUAUUAGUGCGUUUGCAAGGAAUUCGGCAGAAGGUGCAAGAGAAACACCAGCAGGAGAAUACAGAAAUAGACUCUGAGAGCAGCUCCUCCGAGACAGAGACAGACACUCAAGGUUGCUCUAAAGCUUAGAGCUGUGCUAACAGUGGAGAGGCCAAGCCGUGAGGAUGUUCCGUCUUCACGCUCUAGAGUACCCCCGACAGACUCGACAACCAAACCAAUACCAGAGGGGAGAAAACUGCGGGAUAUCUUCUGCCUCCUUUUACUGCUCUGGUGGAUAACGCUGAACGAGAAGACUUCACGCUAGACAAAGACAAGCUUGUGACAGGCUACUCUUAAAAGGUACUUACUGUGCUAGAAAGCUGGAGCAUGUGGCAUCAGGUUAUUUUUUUGGAAACAUCUACACACUGGUUGGGUUGUUGGUUAUUUUUUUUUUUUGAUAUUUUUUCCCCCCUCCAUUUGAUUAAAGAAUGAGAUCUAGAC